AUGUACGAAACGUUUAGCCCGGCAGCAAUGAAAGACCCCUCUGUGCAGAAGAAAGCGGCCGAGUCCGACGCGCCGGCGCCGGGUUUCGACGCGGAAGACAGCUCCAUUAGCUCGGCCAAGGAUAUCUUGGAGAAUGAGGGCGAGGAUCCCGUGCUUGCCAGGAAAAUGCACCUCGUCAAUGACGCGAACGACGAAAUCGGCUGGACUCCCUUCCACUGGAAGCUAUUCGUGCUCAACGGCUUCGGUUAUGCUGUCGACUCUCUGAUUGCGCUGGUUCAGUCGGUGACUAACACCGGCGCAUUCCUCGAACUCGCUUCACCUUCGUCAUACGCAAACACCGGUACCAUCUCGCUAUACGUCGGACUGCUAAUCGGAGCAUUAUUCUGGGGGUUCGGCGCCGACAUUAUUGGCAGGAGAAUUGCCUUCAACGUUACACUGCUCAUUACGUCCCUUGCGACCAUCGUCUCCGGCGCGAGUCCCAAUCUCCCCGCCUGGGGCUUUUUCAUCGCCCUUUCAGCCUUUGGAGCCGGCGGAAAUCUGGUCCUUGACCCGACAGUCUUUCUCGAGUUCCUUCCGAGCAACAAGCAGUGGACUGUGACAGCGCUGGCCCUUUGGUGGGGAUUAGGACAGGCCGUGACGGGCUUCAUUGCGUGGGGAUUCUUGACCCAGGAACGAUGGAAUUGUACUGAAGGUCAGACUUGCAACUGGUCAAACAAUGCCGGUUGGAGAUACGUCUCGUUCACAGCAGGAGCAUUCGUUUUUGUGGCUUCGAUUCUCCGCGUCACCGUUAUGCGCCUCCAGGAAACACCGAAAUACCUUCUCAGUGUUGGUCGCGAUGCCGACUUGGUCCGGAACUAUCAGAAGCUUGCGCAGAAGUACAGCAGGUCUUGUUCCCUUACUCUCGAAAAGCUCGAAGCGUGCGGUCAAAUUAAGUCAGCCGGGCAGAAACGCAAUACCGUGGCAUUUGUCGGACGCGAGCUUGUGGCUCACGUAAAGGGUCUUUUCCUUACGAAGAAGAUGUCUCUGAGCACUGCAAUGGUGUGGCUAUCGUGGACGCUCAUCGGCCUUGCGUAUCCGCUAUUCUACGUUUUCCUGCCAUCUUACCUUGCCACGAGAGUACCUGACUCCAAGGAAACGCCGUUCGAGACCUGGCGCAACUACACGCUGACCAACAUCUCCGGUAUUCCUGGACCUAUCAUCGCCGGAUACCUCGCCAACCUCCCAGCUGUUGGUCGCAAGUACACCAUGGUUAUUGGAGCCCUGAUAUCAAUGGCGCUAUUCUUUGGCUACACGGCUGUCAGCACUGCUGAACAGAACGUGGGAAUCAGCUGUGCGAUCGCCUGCGGCAUUAACAUCUACUACGGAACGUUGUACGCGUACACAGUCGAGGUUUUCCCGUACAUCGCUGGACUUCAAGUCUUCAACAUGCUUCUUCCAUCUCUGAAAUCCAUUACCACUCUUGGCCUGGCGUUCUACGCCACAAUCUCCCUCGCAGUUCCCAAGGUUCAGCUUGGCACUGAAGUGCAGAAUCUUUACGAGGGAGAUACAAAUCCUGAACCUGACUUCGUACCGAGGCCCGUGCCAAACGCCCUGGUGGCGGCGGCGGCCGUCCCCGCCGGCCUCCGAAUGGCCGGCCGCCGCGAAAUGGCGGUCCACUUCCGCCACCUCGGAAUGGCCGUCCACCCCCGCCCCCUCGGAACGGCCGUCCACCACCACCGCCUCCAAACGGCCGUCCACCACCGCCGCCUCCGAACGGCCGUCCUCCCCCGCCGCCUCCGAACGGCCGUCCUCCUCGGCCCCCAAACGGCCGCCCUCCCCGUCCUCCCAGACGCCCACCCUAACCGAAGGCAUAAGAGGCAUUGA